AUGAAAACUCAGCCUGACCCCUCAGUUGCGUCGAACGAUGCACAUUGCGGGUUUUACCACCUUGUGGUGUUCGAAAUUCCUUUCUCAAUCUAUCUAUCUAUCUAUCUAUCUAUCUAUCUAUCUAUCUAUCUGUAUUGCCAUACCUCCUCCCCUUCAGUGAACUUUCCGGCUGAAUUAUAUCUAUCUAUCUAUCUAUCUAUCUAUCUAUCUAUCUAUCUAUCUACCGGCCUGAAUGCUCACUUCCCGCCCCCAAACAUCAGUCACCAUCUUUACCACGUCUUUUCAACCCCUUGUAAACCGCGCGACGAGCGAACGCACUUUCUCAAUGAAAAGAGGUGCACAUUGGUUGGAAAAUCGUAUUUAAACGUGAAAGUGACACGUAAUACUGAUUCUUGUGUUCAUAAUCUCCAUUUCUCUCUCUCUCUCUCUCUCUCUCUCUCUCUCUCUCUCUCUCUCUAUCUAUCUAUCUAUCUCUACACGGUGAAAUAA